UGUGCUCCUCCUACCUCUCCGUCAUUUCCUGGCAUGAUGAGCGCAGUUCAAUUACACUACAGUGAAACAUUGUGUGGGUUCACCGGCUUGUGUGCAGGGGUAAUAAAUUAAAAUCUAAUAAGCAGGAUAGCAAACUCACAAUGAAAUUGCAGAAGCCAUUGAUUAAUUUUGCCUUCCACGCUGUUCUCUUUUCUCUUUUGGUUGCAUGCGUCGAUGUAUCCGCCGAGGAAGGACUUUCGAAAGGGUUUGGCGAUCACAUUCACUGGAGGACUUUUGAAGAUGGAAAAAAGGAGGCAGAAGCCAGUGGUUUGCCAUUGAUGGUUAUCAUCCACAAGUCCUGGUGUGGAGCCUGUAAAGCCCUCAAGCCAAAGUUUGCAGAGUCUCAAGAGAUCUCUGAACUGGCCCACAACUUUAUCAUGGUAAACGUAGAGGAUGAAGAGGAGCCCAAAGACCAAGGCUUCCGUCCUGAUGGGGGCUACAUUCCUAGAAUCCUCUUCCUAGAUCCCACUGGUAAAGUGCACCCUGAGAUCACCAACAGGAAUGGAAACCCCAACUACAAGUACUUCUACAGCAAUGCAGAUCAAGUUGUGUCAGGGAUGAAGGAAGCCCAGGAUAAACUGACAGGAGAUGCCUUCAAGCAGUCGCACAUGGCUGACGAGCUCUAAAACUGCGGCCCAGACCGCACCGAACAGAGGCGACACUGCAGACACCAGAAACCACAGCUCACUCUCCCACCCUCGCAAGACACUGAACUCCCUCCGGUGGAGAUUAGGAACGUAAUUCAAACCCAGGACACAUCAACCUACCGACAGACAGGGAAUAAUGGUGUAAAAACAACUAAUAAUACGAUUCUGUUUAUAGCACACUGGCAAAUAUAUAUCAAGUGUUCAUACAGGAAAAGUGGAUAUAAGUCACCACCAGACCACCAAACAAACAAAAGUAUGGUGGCGUUGUAGAGCCAGAAGUGAACUGUUUGUAUGUUGGGUUUAAGGUCUGCUCUGUGUUUUACACAGGGCUUACAUAGGUUCCUAAUUUUCAUAUACAUUUUCAAUUCAAUUUGCUAGACUUCCUGCUAGAGGUCCUAUUGUAACUUGCCACAGCUCAGGGCCCGUCCCCUAUGUUUACCCAGCAAAAAGCAUGUAGAUCCACACCAGGGGGCAGUCUGUAUGUUUCUUUGUAUGGUUUUUAUAUCAGCUUUUACUUGUGCUGGCAUUUACUUGUGCUUGCAUUUUCAGAGAACUGCAUUCUACAACUGUUAUUCCUCUUUCUGGCUUCACUCUUAUCAGUGAGUGUUUUAAACUGAUGGAUAAACUACUACUGUUAAACUGUUGCAACUUUUCCAGCAAGGUUGGUACUGGUAUCAACCCUUUAAACUGCACACUGUAAAACCAAAUGUUUUAGAAUUUGGCACAAAUCUUAUGCAGCAUAUUUUUUUUUGUUUUAGAAUGAUCUUUAUAUGCACAAAAAAAAAAAAAACCUUACCUGAAUAAACAUUGCAGUGCAAAGUAUAUGCAGAUUUAAAUGUAUUUAGGAUAUGUUGCAUAUGAUUUGUGUUUAAUUUUUAAAUACUGGUUUACAUUGUAGAGUCCUUAAUUUUGUAUCUGUCCCUCUGCAUUGCGAAUCAUGUUAAUAAUACCGUACUAGAACCACUAUAACUAAUGCACAAUUUUAAUAAUAUGUAGAGAAUGCUAGGGGUGUGCUGAUACUCGUCCAUGUAGUUGCCUUUAUCGACAGGUAUUAAAUAAAUCCAUUCAUUAACGUGCUGUGAUUUCAAAACAAGAAAAACUGUCCUUCCCUGUCCAAUCGGCUUUUAAAACACUCAGUGGUGGAGUUUCCAUGUGUGUUCUAAGGGGGAGGGGGUACAGGUUGUCGGGUGACAUCUUGUUUAAAGUACAGUGUUAAGCUGAUGUAAUAAAGCUGUGAUUUGUAAAUGCCUCGUGCCUGGUUGUUUAAUAAUGUGUUUUACUGCUCUUGCCCAAAUUGUUUUUCAAAUGUCCAUUGGUGGGGUGGCAUAUCGUUAGUAGUGAAUUAUAUUUCAAAUAAUUUAUCACACGAUUUAUUAAAGGAAAAAGAAUGAAACUGUCCAACCCAACUACUGCAGAUCACCAUGGCUGAAAACCGGCGGUUUUAAGGACAUGGAACGAGCUUAUUAACAUUUUCAGGUGAAAUGCGGGUUUCCAUGUGAAAAUGGGCAUGGAUUUCCUGUGUUUUACGUCAUGCUCACGAGUAAAUGAGAUUUACUCUAUCCUUCUCUGUGGCCGUUCCUCUCGAGCUCUUCUCCCAAACGUGCACGCACGUCGCGACUUCACGUAUAAAUGACCACACAUGAAAACUCCACCAGCGUGGAAGUUUUUUGCUGUUGAUUGGCACUCGGUUGUAAAGGUGAGGGAAGGACAUUUUUUCUUGUUUUGAAAAUAGCACAUUAAUGAAUGGAUUUAUUUAAUACCUGCUGAUAAAUACUUAUUAAAGACAAAUACGAGUAUCAGCAUACAUGGGUUACUGUGGUUCAUUUAUAUUUGAUUAAUGAUCAAGGAACCAAUGCCUAUCAGUAAAGUACUGUUUUUUUGUCCCAGAAGUAAAAUGUUUAUCUAUCUAUAUAAGCAUAUCAUUUAAAUUAAAUCACUGACUGUUUAUUUUUUAUGGUAAGAUGAUACAAUUCAAUCUGUGUAUACACUGUAUCUGUAAACAUCACUGUUUAGUUAAUUAAGAGAUGUUAAUUCUGCAUUGAAGGAUAGAUUGUCUUGCUAUGUGUGUUUUUUAUAUGUUUAAGAAAACAAUAAAGUUUUAAAAAAGAG